UAUGGAAACUGUAAAGCACGCUUAUUCAUGAAUAUAAAUAUCUAUGGUAAACAUGGAUAAAUACGUUAUCAACGGACAGAUCGGUGAAGGAGCGCAAGGUCUGGUUUUGAAGGCACACGAUACAAUCAAGGAUCGAGAAGUAGCUCUAAAGAAAAUUUUAGUCAAAAAAAUUGAAGACGGUAUACCCGUGUCCAUUAUACGUGAAGUCAAAAGUUUACAGCAGUUAAAACAUCCCUACGUCGUUGAAUUGUUAGAUGCCUUUCCAAGUGGCUUAGACUUCGUGAUGGUUUUUGAAUAUAUGCCAACAGGCUUAUGGGAAGUACUGAAAGACACCGAUGUUACAUUGACGUUAUCGCAAAUCAAAACUUAUAUGAAAAUGUUGCUGGAGGGUAUAGCAUAUAUACACGGGAAGAAUAUAAUACAUAGGGACUUGAAGCCGGCGAAUUUGCUAAUCAAUGACAAAGGCAUUUUGAAGAUUGCGGAUUUCGGUUUGAGCAGACUAAUGUGGCACGACGGUACGAAGCCGUAUUCACAUCAGGUUGCUACACGAUGGUACCGAGCACCAGAGUUACUCUACGGUGCACGAUAUUAUACGUCUGCGAUCGAUAUAUGGUCAAUCGGUUGUAUAUUCGGCGAACUGUUGAACACUUCUCCGUUAUUUCCGGGUGAAACUGAUAUCGAGCAAUUGGCUAUAGUUUUGAAAUAUUUAGGCUCUCCCACGUCAGAAUCUUGGCCGGAAUUAACUACAUUACCGGAUUACAACAAAAUUACAUUUCCUUAUGCCAAGGGGACAACGUGGGAAAGUAUCAUCCAGGACGCGCAACCGGAAGCUAUCGAUCUAAUCAGACAGAUUUUAAUUUAUAAUUCGUCGAAACGUCUCACGGCUGAUCAGGCAUUAUGUCACGUAUACUUUUACUCGAAACCUUAUCCAUCACUGAAAAAUUUGAUAAAACCACCGCAAGAUCAUCGUCUACGUGUGAAACCAAAAGAAAUCAACCCGAACGUACAAGCUAGUACACUCUUUGAGAACUUUCUAAGUAUUGUCUAAUUGUGCAUUUGUCGCGAUAUGUCAAUGGUAUGCAGGAAAUGUUAUUUUCAUUAAAAAAAAAAUAGACAAUUGGUUUUUUAAUUUUCAAACUAUAUAUAUAUAUAUAUAUAUAGUGUACAGAAAAGAUAAAGAAGCAAGUCUAUAAUUUUAUUUAAAUUGACAGAUAUUUU